AUGAAUAGCCAAAGCAGCCUUGUGACCGGUGGCGCAAAUGCAACGGCACUUUCAGAUUAUUCCGGCAGUGGCCAGGCGGGCAAAUACACCCAGGACAAGAUCCUGCGCUCUGAUUUCCCCAAGGAUUUUAUCUUUGGUUCUGCAACAUCAGCUUAUCAGGUUGAAGGUGCUUGGGCCACAGGCGGUAAAGGCCUGAGCAACUGGGAUGCCUUCACACUGAGAACUCCAAAUAAAAUUGAGGGUGGAACUAAUGGCUGUGUUGCUAUUGAUCAAUAUAAUUCGUUCAAGGAAGAUGUGGCUUUAAUAAAGAAGGUGGGCUUAGACUCUUAUAGGUUUUCAAUUGCAUGGACUAGAGUAUUGCCAGGAGGAAGAUUAUCUGCCGGUGUAAGCAAAGAAGGAAUUAAGUACUAUAAUGAUCUUAUAGACUUGCUCUUGGCCGAAGGCAUUAAGCCAUGUGCAACUAUCUUCCAUUGGGAUGUUCCCCAAUGUUUGGAAGAUGAGUAUGGUGGCUUUUUAAGCCCUCGAAUUGUGAAAGAUUUUUGUGAAUUUGCCGAGCUAUGCUUUUGGGAGUUUGGUGAUCGGGUAGAAUAUUGGGUCACAUUAAACGAACCAUGGUCCUUUGCUGUUCAAGGAUAUGCGUUGGGUACUUUUCCACCUGGUCGUGGUCCAACUCAAGCAGAGACAGUAACGGCUAUCCCUCGUCAUAGAUGUAAACUUGGGGCUCCAACUGAAUGCUCCAGUGGAAAUCCAGGCACAGAACCAUACAUUGUAGCACACCAUUUGAUUCUUUCUCAUGCUGCAGCAGUUGAUAUUUACAAGCAAAAAUAUCAGCCAUAUCAAGAAGGCAAAAUAGGAGUAACAAAUGUCGCUCAAUGGUAUGAGCCACUCACUGACACCACAGCAGAUAAAGAGGCUGCUUCAAGAGGCCUCGAUUUUAUGUUGGGAUGGUUUGUAGCACCUGUAGUCACUGGUGAUUACCCACCAUCUAUGAGAAAAUUAGUUGGAGAUCGUCUUCCCCAAUUUACACCGGAACAAGUGAAGUUGGUGAAAGGAUCAUAUGAUUUUCUAGGGAUAAAUUAUUACACUAGUACUUAUGCUAGCAAUUCACCUAGGAAACCUGGUACACCAGUAAGUUACGGAAAUGAUCAGGAUGUUGCAGUAUCAAGUGAACGUGAUGGGGUUCCUAUUGGUCCUAAGGGCGGUUCAGAUUGGUUGUACAUUGUUCCGUAUGGGAUUUACAAGUUGUUGGUUGAAAUAAAGAAAACAUAUAAUAACCCUACCAUUUACAUUACAGAGAAUGGGGUGGAUGAGGUAAAUAAUCCAGACCUAACAGUUUCAGAAGCUCGAGUUGAUGAGACGAGGAUUAACUAUCACCAAGACCAUCUCUUUUACAUUAAGAAAGCAAUGGAUGAAGGUGUAGAUGUGAAGGCUUAUUAUGUAUGGUCAAUGUUCGAUAAUUUUGAAUGGGGUGCAGGAUAUAGUGUUAGAUUUGGCCUUUUUUACGUAGAUUUCGUGAAUGGCCAUUUCACAAGAUUUCCCAAAACCUCUGCUAUAUGGUUGACGAAUUUCCUGAACAAGAAGCAAGUUACAUUGAAGAGACAAGCUCAAGAAGAAGAUGUUGGUUCUGUGAAAAGGCUCAGAAGCCGUAAAGUAUAA